AUGCCCGUGGAAUUUCAGUUGGGAGGCGGGCUUGUCCUUGUGUCCGUCGUAUUUGGCCUGGCCGCCCUCACGGGCGAGGUCCAGUUCCCUUUCCGAGUCCGAGGCGGCCUCUCCCGCGCUCGGGUCGUGUCCGGCGUGUCCAGGAGCCCCGGGUCUUCCUCUCCUCCGCCUGCCGCCGCUUCGCGCCCUUCCCGCCCCCGCGGCCUCAGCUGCCCAGUGUCCGGAGCGGCCCUGCUCGGGGCUUGCCCCGGCCAGGAUGGAGGACCAGGGUGGUGCACCCUCAUCCAACAUCGAAGAAUCCACACAGGAGAGCGACCUUACGAAUGCAGGGAAUGUGGGCAAUCCUUUGCCAACAAUCACACCCUCAUUACACAUAGAAAGAUUCACACAGGAGAGAGACCCUAUGAAUGUGUGGAAUGUGGGAAAACAUUUUCCAAAUUGAGCAUUCUUGUUAUCCAUCAUAGAAUUCACACGGGAGAGAGACCUUAUGCAUGUAAGGAAUGUGGGAAAACAUUUUCACACUCAGGUGUCCUCACUAAACACCUCAGAACUCACACAGGAGAGAGACCCUAUGAGUGUAAGGAAUGUGGGAAAACGUUUUCACGACUAAGUGUCCUCACUAAACACAGAAGAAUUCACACGGGAGAGAAACCGUAUGAAUGCCAGGAGUGUGGGAAAGCUUUUCGUGACAGCAACACCCUCCUUCAACAUAAAAGAAUUCACACAGGAGAGAGACCUUAUGUAUGUCAGGAGUGUGGGAAAACCUUCACGCGAUCGAGUCACUUCACUCUGCAUAGAACAGUUCACACAGGCAUGAGACCUUAUGAAUGUAAGGAGUGUGGCAAAGCAUUUUCACGAUCCACCUUUUUUCACACGUAUGCCCUCCAUAAACAUAGAAGAAUUCACUCGGGAGAGAGACCUUACGAAUGCGAGGCAUGUGGGAAAACCUUUAAUAACAUGUCCUGUCUUCAUCGACAUAAGAGAAUUCACACAGGUGAGAGACCCUAUGAAUGUACCGAAUGUGGGAAAACCUUUACACAGUCAAAUCUUCCUUCCAGCGCCCCCGACCUGACUCCCUGCACCCCGAUCUUCCUCCCGGCUGUCCCCUUCUUCCUGGUGCCCUCGACCCGACUCCCGGCGCCCCACCCCCGAGUCCCGAUGUCCACGGACCUUCCUCCCGGUCGCCCCCUUCCUGGUGCCCCAGGCCUGACUCCCGAUGUCCCCGGACCUUCCUUCCAGCGCCCCCGACCUGACUCCCUGCACCCCGCGACCUUCCUCCCGGCCGCCCCCUUCUUCCCGGUGCCCCUGGCCUGA